AAUAGUUAUAGUAGUAUUAAUAAUUACUAAUUAAUAACUCUUUAGUCUUUAGUCUAAGUCUUUUUAGAGUAUCGGUUAAAAUAUUAAAAUUACUUGAAGUAUUAAUAUUUAUAGAAAUUUAAUUUUAAUGCUGUGAAUUUUACUUUAUUUGUAUUUCUAAAACUUGAUUUUGAAUAAUUAAUCCAUUAUGGACAAUGAAAAUACAACUAUGGAAUAUUUAUUUCAAGUAGAAAGACAAGCAGAAAAAAUACUCCUUAGUAAAAGUGAAAUGGUUGCUUUAGAUAAAAGUAGAAAUAGUAAUCGAAUGGCCAUUAGAGCAUUAACAAACUCUAAAAAUCUAGAAGACAAAAUAUGGAUGGCAGUUGGAUUAUCCUUGGUAAAAGUUUCUGUUGAAAAAGCUAAAAAAAUGUUACAAGCAGAUCAAUUAACUUUAAAUACACGUAUGAAUAUUCUUAGAAGCAACAUUAAAGUUGAUGUGAAUAAAUUAAAUGAUAUGGAAUAUAAAGAACCAGUAAAAGGGUUAUUUUUAAAUCCACUCACCAAAAAUGAAAUGCAAGCAAUGAAUCAAGUACUAGGUAUAACUGAUUAAAACACAGGUGUCAUAUUAAUAUAUUAAUUUAAAUGAAGAAAAAAUGAUUAACUUGGAAUAUUAUACUUUUAUUAUUGGUAUAUUUA